AAUAGACUAUAUCUUGGCUGAUGACUUAUUAAUCUCAUAUUUAUACAAAUUCAAACUCGACAACUCAUUAUCAUCAACAAAUAGUGAUCAUCAAAUACUAAUAUCUACUUGUAAAUUUUCAUUCACUAUAUCUAAAGCUAGAGACAAAAACAGAUGUAAAAGAAGAACAUAUAACUACAAAGUGAUAACUAAAGAAAACUGUGAAGAAUUUUCAAACCAAGUUAAGACCAAUAUGAUAGAAUAUCAAGUACCAACAACAACAGAUACUACAAAAAGUCUUGAACAAACAUGGCACAAAAUAGAUACCUGUAUAACUAAAGCAGCUCUUAAACACAUCACAAACAAAAAAUAUAUUAUUAAAAACUUUUUUCAUAACUUUACACCAAAAGCCACAUAA